CCACGCCGCCACCAUUCCCCAACAUUUUCCGCUUUUACCAAACAAAUAAAAUGGACUUUUGCCCACCGGGAGCGGGAAACAUCUGCCCGGCCAGCGCUCUCGCUCCGAAUCCACGCUCCUGUUUUUGGGUUUCGUUGAAGCGGGAGCCCGGGCUGAGCAGCCCCGAGCUGUUACAUGAGAUGUUCAGGAAGUUAUUUGCAUGGAGGGGAUAAAAGCCCGUGGCAGCAGCCGGGCGAGCUGCAGAGGCGACUCAGCCACGGUGGCCACCAGCCCGAGGAAUUACACCCACCGCGGCUUCACAAUGAGUUGUUUACUGGCCCGGGCAGCCUGUGGGAAGAGCCAAGGAGAGCGGAGGAAGAGGAGAGACAAACACAAUGCGAGCGAGACGCGUUAGGGGGAGGCUGGGCUUUAGCGGCAGCCCCGGCGUUUCAGCCCUAUGGAAGCAGAGAGGGCUGAAAAGGGAAUAAAAUGAACCAUCCGCCGCCUCGCUGCUGCUGCCAGCAGAGCCUGGUCCCCACCUGAAGAGCUGAUACCGAAGGAUGAAAGGAUCCAUGAGGGAGAUGUGGUAGGAGGGAGUCCAGCCACCUCCCUGGAAUGUGCUCCUUCGGGAAGGGACGAGCUCCCUGCCUCAUUUUAUGGAUGUCACUGAAGUAGACUUUGCAGGCCUUUGGAAGCCCAUCCCAGACUUGGCAUGGGAAACCACAGCAACAACCAUACCUGCCUGACAGAUGAUUCCUUCAAGUACAACCUGUACGGAGCCGUGUACAGCGUGGUCUUCAUCCUGGGCUUGAUCACAAACUGCGCCUCCCUCUUCGUGUUCCUCUUCCGGAUGAAGAUGCGGAGCGAGACGGCCAUUUUCAUGACCAACCUGGCGGUUUCAGACUUGCUUUUCGUGUUCACCCUGCCCUUCAAGAUUUUUUACAACUUCAACCGGCACUGGCCCUUCGGGGACACGCUGUGCAAGAUCUCGGGCACGGCGUUCCUCACCAACAUCUACGGCAGCAUGCUGUUCCUGACGUGCAUCAGCGUGGAUCGCUUCCUGGCCAUCGUCUAUCCCUUCCGCUCCCGCACCAUCCGCACCCGCCGCAACUCCGCCGUCGUCUGCGCCGGCGUUUGGAUCCUGGUCCUCAGCGGGGGAAUCUCGGCCUCGCUCUUCUCCACCACCAACGUGUCCAACACCAGCACCACCUGCUUCGAAGGGUUCUCCAAAAGGAUCUGGAAAACCUACCUGUCCAAGAUCACCAUAUUUAUUGAGGUGGUGGGGUUCAUCAUCCCUCUGCUGCUCAACCUCACCUGCUCCUCGCUGGUUCUCCGGACUCUGCGGAAGCCGGCCACGCUGUCCCAGAUUGGGACGAACAAGGAGAAGGUGCUGAAGAUGAUCAUCGUGCACGUGGCCAUUUUCGUCGUGUGCUUUGUCCCCUACAACUCCAUCCUGUUCCUGUACGCGCUGGUGCGCUCCCAGGCCAUCGCCAACUGCUCCCUGGAGAGGUUUGCCAGGACCAUGUACCCCAUCACCUUGUGCAUCGCCACCCUCAACUGCUGCUUCGACCCCUUCAUCUACUACUUCACCUCUGAGUCCUUCCAGAAGUCCUUCAACAUCAAAACCCAGAUCAAAAUGGAUUCUCUCUUCAAGACAGAGGUGCCGCUCACCAAGACGGCGCUGCCGGCGCCGCAGGACGAGAUCAGCGACCAGGCCAUCACCAACGGAGGAGAUCCCACGUCUGAAUCCCAUUUCUAGGGAGCUGUUUACACAGGGAGUUAUCCCCCAUUAACUCCUGAUGAGCACCAUGUGGCAAAGAGCGGCUCCGGGAAACGGGGGCUCCCACGUGGGGUCAAUGAAGAAAAGCUGCUGGGGCACGACAGAUCCUCGCACCGGGAUGGUCCCAAAGUACAAAAUCCCAAUGGAUCCUCCUCUGGAGAUUAUGGAUAGGCUGCAACACAUGCAUCAACUCAGGAGGGAACAGAACAGCUUCUUUAACCAGAAGAUGCCAACAUUUGGCAUUUUUUCCCCUCAGCAGUUGACAUGGGACCAGUUGGGAAAUAGAAAAUCUCAUUUUCUUAGAGAAUCCUGCCGGUAUUUCUGCCUUCUGGAGGUGCAUCCUCAUCCUCAUAUGUUAACUCAGUAACUUCCCACAAUAUGUAUGUUUGCUUACAAAGGCAUAAUAAAAGCUUGUGGCUUUUCCUUACUCCACUGCCAGAGUGUAGAGCCUGGUUUUCCUAGAGACUGGAAUUUAUGGAGAGAUUUGAAGUGUAAAUAAUUGUUUAGCAAUUAGGCAAAGGAGCUGCUUGGUGACAGAAAAGAUAAUAAGAAAGAAAAAAAGAUAAUUAUGACUACAGUUUUGAAACAUGACGUUUCGUUUUUAUCAGAUUAAGCUGUCGUUUAAUUUAUUUGAUUAUUUUUAAUGCCACAUCUGGGGAGGAGUAAAGGGCUCAUUAAUGAUCUGCUGCACCUGGGCUUUUAUAUCCCAGGGGGUUAUAUGACUAUUUCUGGGAAGGGCUGGGCUGUAAAGUCAGCUGGAGAAGGGCCUGAACCCCCAGAGUUCUUCCAAGGGCAAAGCUCCCAAAUGAAGCUGAGGCAGCUGAAGGCCCAGGAAUGCUGAUCCCACUGAAAUAUGGACCAGGGGUGUCAGAGCACCCAGUCAAGGGAUGAUCUCUGAUUGCUUAAUGGGUUUUUAGGGGCCUCAAAGCAACUCAAAAACCAGUUUGCUGCACUCUUUUCUUAGCUGGUUACAGCAAUAUUGUCUUGUUUUCCAAUUAAUUUAUUUCCUUUUCUUUUAGAGAUUACAGAAAUAUAUGGAAAAUUAAUUAUUUGUAUGUGUUGUAUUUUACCACCUGGUUCCUUUCUCCAGCUCUUGGCUCGUGUUUGGAGCUCGACAGCCCUUCCCAGGCUGGUUCAUUCUUAAGUGUAAGACACAGAAAUGGGGAGAAAUUUUAAUUUGAAAAGAUAUAAAGUUACAGCUUGUUAGCUCAGCUGUCUACAUUACCACGGCAAAGCUACUUCUAAGGCUAUAUUGCCAAAAAGAGAGACAAAUUAUUAAUUGAACAGAUGUUUUCCACUCAAUUCCAUUUGAAAUCUCUCUGAUGAAGCCUCAUGAGAUAGAAGAGCAACACCUCAAAGGUGAUCAUUAAAAGCAACAGAGGUUUAAGUGUGAGAAGAAUUCAGCUGUAAAAUGUUAAUGCUUCCGAGGGAAUAUUUAUUUAGCACUGCAUUCACUUUGAAUAAAGAAGUCAGUGGCUAACCAAG